AAUCUCUCGUCCCUGCAGACGGUGGAGGCUUUCAUCUGUGCGACUCACAUAAAUUGCCCCAUAAAUGCCCUGGAUAGUGCAAUCAUCCCGCCUCGAGUUGGUCCCGUGCCUUGAUCAAAGUGCGCUGAUCUAAGGUUGAAGCUUGACUUGACCUCUAAAACGAAUUGUAAAGCCACCUACGCCGCCCGUCAGCCCCCCAGCCAUUAUCAAUUCCAUUUACUUUUUUUUAACCUUUUGAAGCUCGUCUCAUCCAUUCAUCCCCCUCUUCUCGAGUUCUGACUUUUGUCUCCCUUUCAUUGUUCAUUUCGGCAGACAAUAAAUAGAAUAUCCAUCUCGAAAGAUCCUUGCAAUUACCUACAACGGGCAACGAGGCGAGCGACAUCCGACAAAAGCAAUAAACUUAUUUUAGUUUAUCGUCUUCGUACCUGCACGCACCUGCACCUACGCUUGCGCCUUCAGGCCUCUCUCCCUCCCUUGGCACCUACGAAUACGCUACAGCCGUAGCCACAGCGCGCCCAAAGUCUCAGCCCGCUCUGCCCUGCCGUGCAUUGUACCUAACUUAUCCACAAUCUAUCUCCGACUCUCUCUGUCUCUCAAGUCUCUCUUCAACUCAUUCAGCAUCGACCAAAUCUUGGAAUCAUUGUCUCGGCCACUCUCCCACCAGCCACAAAAACUCAAGUGCAUCACGCAGACCCUCAGACCAAGACGGCGUCAAGCGGACAACGGCAUUGCCGCGAUUAGCAGGUCCCUAAGAGUUAGCGCUGGCCGUUGCGGGUCUUUGUUUACGGAGUCCCCAGUAUUGUACCGGGAGCUACGGACUGUUUUACAGGGCAGAUAUACCUAGUCCCAUACAAUCUUUUGCAGCUGCAAACGGUCUUCCGUAUAUAUUUUAUCAACAAAAACCGUCGACGACGCUUUACCCCAGACGCUCAACAUCUGGGCUCAUCUGUCAACAUGAGUCUCGCCGAAGCAGCCCCCAUCACUCGUGAUGACCGUUUCGUCAACACUGAGUCCGUCGAUGACCAGCGAUUAGGUGACUCAACCCCUCGAACCAGCGAUUUCAACAACGAGGCAGAUCAAAGAGAAGAUACAAAGAAGGACGGGAAGAGCAAGAUGCGUAGCUUGUUCGGCCUCGGCAAGAAGAAGCCCUCAGUGCUUACGAAGUCUGACUCCAAACCCGACACAAACAACUCCAAGCCUGAAUCCCAACCCGAAUCUCGUUCUGAGUCACAAACACCUUCCAACGCGAACUCCAACCCUGCCAGCCCACCUCUAUCUCGAGAUGCUUCCAAGCUGUCCUCGAAACAGCCAUCAUGGCCUCCUGCUGGCGAGCAGAGCUUUGCCCUUCCCUCAUCUCCAGGUCGCGGCUUCACUGGUUCUCCACGACUUUCUUCGCCAGCCACAUCACAGAUCUUUGAGCGUGAUGUCCAGGAUAGCACUGUGCUCAAGCCGAACUCUCCAGCCAUCCCUACGCAUAUUCAGACCGAAAACUACAUUCCUCCUGUUCUUGAUGAUGCGUCCGAGGCCAUCACGAACGAAAAGCUUGACCCUGAUACAGUCGAGAUUGUAACCCACAGCUCGCACCAAUCCGCCGCUGUGACAGUUACAGGAGCCAGCAACGUUCUUCCCUCGUACGACCUCGGAGCCAGCGAGUGGGCAGCCGAGCUCGCUUUCUUUGCUGACCGAGAGGCUGUCUCGGCCGACAAUGCUUCCAACUACGGUUCCCUAGAUUCUUCCGAUGUCCGCCGGCUCUCAUUCAUUUCGUUUGCCGACGUUGUACAGGCUGAACACAACCCUCUUUCCGGUGUUGCGAGCUCCCGCGACAGCAUCCAUCUUGCAGGACUUACGUCUCUCCCAGCAGCGGUCAACCGUUCGCCUUCGCCAAUUCGAUCACCCGUGUCGAGCCAAGGACCCGAGACAAGCCCUCCCACAAGCAACCCUGGCAGCAUGAAGGGUAUCGAGUUGAGUCCAACUCGAAGACCUCUUGGUAGCCCAACAAGCACAAACAACCUCAAAAUCAACCCUUCAGGGGGUGAUCUGAACAUCGAGACAAUGAGCCAAGCCCUACGACGAACCGGUAGCAGUGAUCUGAGCCAUGUUCGCAGUGGUCCUGCAAGCCCAAUUGAGGCAACUCACCUUCGUUAAUUGCAUUUUCAGCACGACAGGAGUACGCUAUUCAAGAAGGAGAAACGAUGAUAUCCACACAGCAAAUGCAACAUUUUAUACAAUUUGGUGAUUUUAGUUAACUUUUAUUCCAUUCGACUACGAUACCCUGUGGGGAUCGACAUUUUUUUGGGAGGGAUUGAGAAUGAGGAUACUGGGAUCUGGCAAUGGGAGUUGGAAGAGAGUGUUUUUACCAGGCGUCGAGACUUUGCGCGAUACAGGCACCAUGCACAUAUCAUGCUUUCUUGGUCUUCUUUUCAUCUUCUUUUCUGACGCGAGAAAAUACAAAGGAAACUGCCCAAAUUGGUGAUUACGUAUUCAACAUAUUUUGUUCGAUUCACUUUCGCCUGGGUGAUUUCUUGCGGGUCGAAUGGCGUGGUGAAAUCAUGAUGUUGUGUCAUAUCCAUGGAAAGUUUGAACAUCAGACGUUGAGAGAAGGGGAGAUGGCAUAUUAGCAUGCUAUGUGUAAUUAGUACCGUGUUUGUUGCCGAUCAAGGAAAUCCUUCUGCACAAGAUGGGCGCGAAUAUGACCUUUCUUGGCAUGAGGAAGUUCUGAAACGGUGACUGCAGCUGUUGUGGACCAUGAUGAAAAAGUUUGUGGCUCUCUUGGUGAAAUCAUCGUCUUCAGCAUAGUCUAGUUAGUGGGGCUUUCGUCUCAUGAGCAAUGCUACAAGUUUCUAGAAUAUGAUAUGUAACCGUGUUGCUGGCCUCAAGAACCGACAUGUCGAUUCUAGAUCCUGAUUGGCAGUUGUGUAUCUUGGAAGAUUAGCAUAUUUUCUUUUUUGAUAUCAAUCACCUCGACCGAUUGCGUGGCACCACAUGAGACAAGGAUAUAAUAUCAUGACGAAGCUCUAAGAAGGCUAUGCAUGGAAACACAAUUAGGCUCAUCAAAUAGACACUCGUUGAUAGAAGCGGUGUAAUUCGGAAACUUGUGUUGCCUGAAUUGUUGCACUUUGUGAGCUGAUGUUUCGAAAGACUCUUGGGUUAGGUCGAGAGAUGGACUGUGCUUGAUUACCUGAGGUCAAAGGAGGUCACAAAUGGGGACAUGUCAGGCAAGUUUUAAAGUUGGGAACCGUGAUAUUCUCGAAUGAUUGGCCCCCGGCAUUCGAAAAUGGUUCUCUCACGCUGGAACACGUCG